UUUAGAAAUUAUUUUUUUAUAAAAUGAGGAAACACAUUCAGAAUACUUUGUUAUUCAUAAUCAGUUUGGGUUUUGUUUUAACAUCUUAAUUUGAAGAAUAAAGGGUUUUUUAAUAAAAUUAAAAUGACCUUACACCACUUAGCUCUUCUCUAUCAUUGACUAAUGGAAUAACUCUUAAUUUUGAAAUUUAAGGAACAGAUAUAGUUUUUAUGAUUGAAUCUACAAAACCAUAAGGCUGGAUAGGAUUAGGAUUUGGUGCUACUAUGACAAACACAGAUAUGGCCAUUUUUUUUGCAAAUAUGAAUGGUUAACCUGCUGUUCAAGAUGCUUAUUCUACUAAUACAGUAAGACCGCCCUUUGAUACUUAGCAAGAUUGGACUUUGCUAGGCUCCUCAAUAACUUCAAACAGUUUUUAAAUGAAGGCUAAACGUGCUUUAAAUACUGGUGAUACUAAUAAUGAUAUUAUUUUACAAUAAGGACAAACAUAUAAUUUUUGUAUUGCAUGGUCUUCUUCUUAAACUUUUGGUUAUCAUGAUAGUUAUUAUUCCUAUUCUAUAACAUUAACUAACUCUUAAGGGAACAAAUAAGCCUCUGAAAUAUCUGUUGGAGUACCUAAAGAUACACUUAAUAUCCAUAAAAUUUGGUUAUUUUAUGCAUGGGGAAUAGGAGCAGAUAUUGCCAUUUUUUUUGGGCGUUAUCUCAAAGCUUGGAAGCAUCAUACUUUAGUUCAUUCUAUAUUAUUCUUUAUCAUUAACAUUUCUACUAUAAUCCUUGAAGCCUUGGUCAUAAAUGGUAACGAUUACAAGCUUAAAAAUGUUGAUAAUCUCGAUAAAAAUGUUAAAAAUCAUUUUAUAAUUGGAUGUGUAAUCAUGGCCUUGAUUAUUUUACAACACGUAGGAGGAAUUUUACUAAAAUUUGGUAUAGAGGGAACAAAUAAGCAUGUAAAUACUAUGAAAAAAUUUCAUUUAGUAUCUGGAAUCAUAAUUUAUUUACUAGCAAAGACUAAUUUAUUAAUUGGAACUGAUAUCAAUAAUAUAACGUAAGCAAAUUAUACAUAUAGCUAAGGAGUUAUAAUUUCCGUAAUCUCUAUCGUUUGUCUUUUCUUAUGUGAAUUAUUUUCAAGAUUAUACAACUAUAAAAGUUUGAAAUAAAUUCAUAAUUCAAGAAAUUCUUAUUUAACUUAAUAAUCUUCUUUUGAGAAUCUUGAACAUUAAGAGUUAAUGAGGAUGCUCAAUGAUGAGAAAAGAGAAAUAUCAUAAAUAAAAGCAGCUCUACCCAACUUGAAAUGGGUUAUCUAUAACUAGGGAGUCUAUGACAUAUCAAAUUUCGUACAUCCAGGAGGAUAGUUCAUUAUAAAUGAGAUUAUAGGAAAAGAAAUUGGAAGAUAUAUGAUUGGUGCAUUUCCUUUGGAGGGAUAUAAUUUUAAGCCUCAUAAUCACUCUUUUGCAGCUAUUAAAUUGCUAAAAGAAAAUAAGAUAGGCAGUCUAAAAUAUGAAGAAUCAAAUAUGCUGCAAGUAGUUAAUUAAGAAAAUGAACCUCAAAAACCUGCUUAGAAGCUAAAAGUGUAGUUUUAUAAUCUUUUCAAGAUGGUUAAAAGGAUACAAUUAUGUGAGAAUAUUUAUAAGUUUGACUUUUAGGCAAAUGACUUAUAAGUGAAAAACAUUUUACAUGGUGUGGAUUGGAUUGGAAGACACUACAUGAUAAAGACAUAAGACUCAAGUAAGAGUAGACUAUAUACUUAAUUGAAUUGCAUGACUGAGGAAAAUAUAAAUUUUAGGCAGCAACUGAUUAAUUAUACUUAAAAUUAUAUUGAAAAAAAAAAUACUGAUAAUAUAGAAAUAAGAAAUGUUAGUCAAUUUUCAUAGUCUUUACCAUUUAUAAUUAAAAAGUAUAAUUUUUCUGGAGCCUUAUCAAAAAAAAUACAUGAGAAAAACACUUCAAUUGAUUAUUAAAUAUAUGGUCCUCUUGGUAAUGGUUUGGGAUUUAGUGAGCUUACAAAAAACUAAGAAAUAUGCAUUUUAUGUGGUGGAACAGGAAUCUUGCCUUUCCUAGAUUUAUUUGAUUUUUUAUUAAAGAAAUAAAUUUAGCAGACAGUUCCUGAUCGUGCAAAAGAAUUAGAUCCUUUCAAUAUUAGUUAUGAUUAAUAUUUCUAAGACUGUAAAUUUACCGUAUAUGCUGCAUUCUAUCAAAUUGAUGAUUUUAUUGGCAGAGAAUGGAUUGUUUACCUUAAUUAGUUAAGUAAGCUAUCAAAUAAUAAUCUGUUCAGGUUCGUACUUAAGUUAUCUAAAGGUACUAUCCCUGAAGGUAUUGAGAAAUUAAAAUAAAAUAAUUUUUAAGAAUUAAUAUUGAGUGAAAUUAAAAGUGAUAGCUAUGAUAAAAUAUUCAUUUGCGGCCCUCCAAUCAUGUACAAUAAAGCAAUGGAAUCUUUAGAAUAAAAUAAAGUAGAAAAAAAUAAAAUUUUUGUAGUUUGAUAAAAUAAUUCUUUGGUAAAUAAUUUAAAUUAUUAAACUAGAAAAUAUAAUCUAAAAAGCUGAGAUUAAUUCUUUGAAGAAAUUUGUAUUUUUUAACAAAAAUUUGAAAAUAAAAUCAUUUGAAACCAUUAACUAACUC